CAGUCGCGGAGUGGCUAUGUGGGAUUGUGGACUAUGUCAUAACUCAUUACAGCCCUCUAAAUCAGACAAACUAUGUUGUUGAUGCUAACGCCAACUUCAUCCACUUCCUCACGUAUUACGUAAAUAAUAGCAAAUGAUAGAAUGAUAUCAAAUUUGGCCAAGAAGGCCGUGAAACCGACUCCCGCAGUAGCUGUUGUCCUAUUAAGAGAACUAAAGAGCAAAAUUGUCUCUAUGCCGGGACAUAGCGACUACGAAGUACUGCUCGUACAACGUGGGAAGGAGCCCAAUAAGGGUGCCUGGAGUUUUCCCGGGGGAUCGUUAGAACUUGGCGAGACUGUAGUGGAAGGGGCCAUACGAGAGCUGAAAGAAGAAACCGGGGUGCGAUUAGAUUCUGUCGAGCCAUUUCACGCUACAGACGCAAUCAUUCCAAAACCAAGUGGUGAAUCCGGGUGGGUGUUCCACUAUUGCAUAGUUCAAUGCAUGGGUAUAGUCAAGCAUACAUUCAAGGCUGAACCAGUCGCUGCAGAUGAUGCUAUGGAUGCGCAAUGGGUACGAUGCGAUGACAUCGAGUCUAAAAGUCCAUUGGUGCCAUUGAUCAAAGGAACGUUACAAAAGGCUAUAAAGUGUGCAGCUUUUGAUAUUGGAAAGCAAUAAAGCAGGAAAAGCAUCCUAUCAUAUGUUUGAUUGAUUUUUGGACUUAAAUUUUGUAUCAUACGAUAAGGAGAAGGAACACAGAACUACGCAAAACAAU